UUAUGUUAUCUUAUUUUUGCUUGGCACUCCCGUCAAUUGAAGCUAUGUUAUAUCAGUAACUGAUAGCACGAAAAUUUAAAUUUGUCAUACUAUCUGCAUAGUAGCCAAUUUGCUUCAACAGCGGAAGCUAGUUUGAGUAAUUUGUUCAGCGGAAUAGAAGGUGUGAGAAUGGUCAAACCAAUUUUGUACGGCAGCGAUCUGAGUCCUCCUGUCCGUGCAGUACUAUUGACAGUUAAUGCGAUUGGUCUAGAUUUUAACUAUCACGAAGUCAAGGUUUUCGAAAAUGAACAUUUGUCGGAGGAAUAUGUAAAGAAGAAUCCUCAGCACACCAUCCCCAUGUUGGAAGAUGACGGCAAAUAUAUAUGGGAUAGUCAUGCGGUUUCGGUAUAUCUGAUCGAAAAAUAUGGAGACGAUCAGUUUUUGUACCCAAAAGACUUAUACAAGCGCGCAGUUAUUGACCAGAGGCUACAUUUCGAUUCAGGGGUUUUGUUUCCAAGUUUGCAAAAAUGUUGGGCCUCUGUAAGGACCAAAGGAUCUGUACAAGAUGAAGAUAACAGCAAAGUAUUAGAUGCCUAUGGAUUUCUAGAGAAAUUUUUGGCAACAGAUCUGUACUUAGCUGGAAAUUGUGUAACUGUUGCAGAUUUCUGCUGUGUGGCUACAAUUACAACUCUUGCACUUUGUGUAGCUGUUGAUGCAACCAAAUUCCCAAAGCUCAGUGAAUGGCUCCAACGGAUGACUUUACUACCAUACUACCAGAAAGCAAACGCUGGAUUAGCGAAAUCAGCUGAACUGUUUCAAAAAAUGGCGAAAAGUGUGAAACCCUAAAAACUGAUAAAUUAUUACCUUCAUUAUUAUCAAAUAAAUUUAGAGUUAAAGACCAA